AAGGAAGCCAAAAAUAUUGGGGUCUAUUAAGAUGAAACAGAGGAUCACGCCUCCUUUCGGAUCCACAGAUUUUUUUUGUUCACAAAAAAAAGAAAAGAGAAAAAAUCAAUAAACAAUUCAGAUUAGCCUCAUUUUUCAUCAUCAUCUUUCCGCAAUCAGACGAGAAGAACUUCAUCGCCAUGGGACAAGUCUUUGACAAGCUCCGAGGUAAACAAUGGAGGCAGAAGCAGGUACAGGCGAUAUGUGAUCGAGUUUUCGAUCGGUUCAAGCUUCAGACCGGAAGAGCUAAUCUUACGUUUGAAGAUCUAUACAUCGCCGUGCUUCUCGUCUACAAUGACAUAAACAAGCGAUUGCCUGGUCCUCAUUUCGAUCCGCCUUCUAAGGAUCUAGUCAAAAGCAUGAUGACGGACUGCGAUAUCAACUUGGAUGGAGAAAUCGAUCGGGAGGAGUUUGUAAAGUUUAUUGAGUUGCUUUCGGCUGACACAUUUGCAGUGGUGAGUCAGGGUUUGAUCAUAUCGUUGAUUGUGGCUCCGACUGUGGCUAUUGCCACAAAGAAGGCUACAGAGGGUGUCCCAGGAGUUGGAAAAGUGGUGCAUAAGCUGCCAACUUCAGUGUAUGCUUCGCUUGUGACUCUUGCAGUAGUGUGGGCGAAUUCUGAUUCAAGUUAAGCAUCUCAGACCAAAAUAAAUGUGUUUAUUGUCAACUGCAAGAACAAGUUCUUUUAGCACGAAAAUAUAGAAACAACACAAGGUUUGAAAUAGUAGUUUCCUUUAUGAUUUUACUCUUGCUCGACAGCUAGAACCAUUUUCCUAUUUCAAACUUCGAUUAAUUAUUGACCACACAAGCCAACAGUUUUCGUGGAAAUAAAAAGUUUUUUUUUUUU